CAAUCCAAUCCAACAAAAACAUAUAUCCAAAAACCUAUUACUCUCAAUGGCUAAAUUCUCUUUCAUUUUCAUCUUCAUUUUGGCCUUCAUUUCAGUUAUUGUAGCUGCUGCCAUUGGAGAUAUGAGCAAAGAAAAAGAUGUUGCAACGAAGCUUCGUUAUCAUGAUGAGUUCAUAUGGGGAAGAAAGGAGAGAAUUAACCAUGGAAGCUUUAGAGGUCCAAAUAAAUACCUUCUCAAUAAUCCUCACCCAUUUCACCCAUUUGAUCAAUUUCAAGACCCAAUUCUCUAAUUUUUUUUUUUUUAAAAAAACUUUUCUUAUGCUCUUUUAAGUGAUUUUCUUUUUGUUUAUAUUUGAUUUGGUGUACUAUAAGGUUGGAUUUUGGUUCUUGGAUUGAUGUAUGAUAACUUUGUAAUGGGAUUGUCUUGAAUUAUAAAAAAAGUGUAUUAUAUAUUCUUCCUAAUUUGUCUUGAUUUUAUAUAUCAAUAUCUCUCUGAACGGGAGAAACGAAACUAACAUAAGUUAAUUUAUAAUUAAACAAAUCCAUAUAAAAUUUGACAAAGUUCUUCGAAGAAAUAUAUAAUAAUUAAGUUUGACUGAUAUUUGUAUGUACACGAUGAUAAAAAGUUCAGAGUUCAAAUCCUUCACCCAAUUUAUAUUAAAAAAUAAUCAACUGAUCAUUGUUUAAUUAUUAUGUCAUAUCUAUCAACAUAAACAGAACUCAACUAGUUAAGAUAUAUAUUUCUAAUCAAAGGAUUAGAAGUUCGAAUUCUCUUGUUCUCACUCAUCUUUGUGGAACAAAAAAAAGAGUAAUAAUUACUAACUUAAUGGACAGUUACACGUACAUACAGUAUAAAUUAAUGGAUAAAUUUCCAUUAAAUCAUUGUAUGAGUUUUGUUUAAUUCUUAAAUUUUAUACUAUUUAUUGUAUAAAUAUUUAUUAUAGGUAGAAUUUGAAAUUUUGUUGUAAAUAUUUUAUUAAAUUUAUUAUUUUUGACUAUUCUUAUAUUAAAAUAUAAUAAUAAAAAAUAAAUUCCCAAUCGAAACUUGUAAAGAAAAACCUCUUUAAUUUUUUAAAAUAGGAAAAAAGAAAAUCCCUCAGAGUCGUCCUUUCCCUCCCCUCACAAUCUCUGGUCUCUCGGUUCUCCCAUCUGAAGCCCCCCCGCCCUUGUCACCCGCAUGCCGUUCGCCGUUGCUCACUCCUUCACCAUUUCCGUCGUUCUCCAUGGCUCUCUCUCUCUCUCUCUCAUCUCUCACAUCUGAAGCCCCCUCUCCUCAUCAUUUUCUCUGACGACGAAAAUUCAAAAUUUUAAAAUAGAGAUUAAAUAUGGAAAAGGAAAAGGCUACAACGGAGGAGACAAAGGAGACUACAAGAAUUAAAGCUUCCAUCAACGUUGAUGAAGAGGAAGUUGAUGAGACUCCAACAAAAAGGCGAAGGAACAUGCCGGUAUCCAUAGUUUGGCAACAUUUCGAGAGGUUAAAAGGUGAUCCUAACGAACCGUACGCUAGAUGUAAAUAUUGUGGAGCUACUUAUGCUUGUCACUCGAAGCGUAAUGGUACUGGAACAAUGAAAAAUCACUUAGAAAGUUGUAAGAAAUACCCUUUUGAAAGGAAAAGAGACUCUUUCCAAAAGACUUUAGCUUUUAAACCUAAGGAAGAAACUGCUAGGAUUGGUCCUUUACAACUUGUUUGUGAUCCUAAAGAAGAAACCGAUGGGGAUGGUCCUUCACAAGUUUUAUGCGAAUCAAUUAACUCUGAGAGUUGUCGUCAAACUAUGGCUGAGAUGAUAAUCAUGGAGGAAUUGCCUUUUAAGUUUGUAGAGAGUAAAGGUUUUAAGAGAUUUGUUAGUAAAUUAACAGGUUCGCAAGAGCCCAAGUUUGUCGUUCCAUCUCAAUUUACCAUAGCUAGUGAUAUUCUAAAGAUUUAUGUUAAUGAAAAACAAAAAUUGAAAGAUAUUUUUGUGAAAAUGAAAUAUAAAGUUUGUCUCACUACUGAUUGUUGGACUUCAGAACAGAACAUAAAUUAUAUGGUAUUGACUGCACACUUUGUUGAUUGUGAUUGGAAGUUACAUAAAAAGAUUCUUAGCUUCAGUCAGAUUGAAAGUUAUAAUGGGCAUACCAUUGGUAAGGCCAUUGAAAAGAAUUUGAAGGAUUGGGGUAUUAAAAGAAUUAUGACUUUAACAGCUGAUAUUGCUAGUUCAAAUGAUGCUACUAUUGCCUUUCUUAUUAAAAGAUUCAAUAAGUGGUUGAUAUGUAAUGGUGAAUACAUGCAUAUUAAAUGUUAUUCACAAAUAUUGAAUCUUAUUGUACGUGAUGUUUUCAAGGAUCAUAAUGAGAGCAUCGGUAGAAUUCGAAAUGCUGUUAGAUAUGUGAGGUCCUCCCCUGCACGUCUAAUGAAAUUUAAGAAGUGUGCUGAAAAUGAAAAGAUUUCCAGUAAUAGUGUUGUGUGCCUUGAUUUUCCCAAUAGAUGGGACUCUACGUAUGUGAUGCUUGAGGUUGCUUUAAAGUUUGCAAAAGCUUUUGACAGAUUAGAGAAUGAUGAAGAUGCUUAUAGGAAUGAUUCGCCACCUACUAAUGAGGAUUGGGCAAAUGCUAGACUGUUGAUUAGGUUUUUGAAAGUGUUUUAUAAUGUCACAUUGAAAGUUUCGGGGUCUUUGUAUACUACUUCGAAUGUGGUUUUCCAUGAGAUAUGUAGAAUUCAGAAUUGCCUACAAUUGAACAGUGAUAGUGGAAAUAAAAUGCUUUCUACUAUGGCCAAAAAUAUGAAGGCUAAAUUUGACAAGUACUGGGAGAAUGAUGAGAAGAAGAAUAAUAUAUUGUUAUGCAUUGCCGUGGUGUUAGAUCCUCGAUAUAAGCUGAAGUGUUUAAAAUAUUGUUGGAAUAACCUUUUUGGGCCAGACAUUGCCAUGGCUAAAACAAGAAUAGUGGAGAAUGUUUUGAGACGCCUCUUUCAUGAAUACAACAUUGGACCAUCUAGUGGUAACUGUAAUAGUUCCAGUGCUAGUUGUAGUACUAGUAUUAGUGCCAGUGCUAGUGCGUGUGACUUUGCUAAUGAAAUUCAUAGUUAUGGUUAUAUGGAUUUAGAUACCUUCAUGGAUGCGGAUGUGAAAGACGAUGUAGAAACAGAUGUGGAUUUGGAUUAUGGAAUAACUAAUUCGUUCAAAGAUGUUGAGACUACAACUCUUGAUAAGGAGUCAGAGAUUGAUGUGUAUUUGUUGGAUUCCCUUGUUCCAGCUGAUAGUAAUUUUGACAUUCUUUGUUGGUGGAAGCAGAAUGAAUAUCGGUUUGAAGUUCUUAGUCGAAUUAGUAGAGAUAUUUUGGCGAUUCCAGUAUCUACUAUAUCAUCUGAGUCAACGUUUAAUAUUGGAGGAUGUGUGGUUAAUUCAAAUCGUUGUUCCGUGGCUCCAAAAAUGAUGGAGGCUCUUAUAUGCACUCGUAAUUGGCUAAAUUCCAGCCCAAUUAAUCUUGAAAUUCAUAAUCAAGACUUGGAAGAAGAUUUAAGGUUUGAAGAAGGAUUUCGGGCUGUCAUGGACGGAGAAAAAGACGUGGAAGACAUGGAAGAUUUCGUAUAAUUAUAUGAAAAAUUGUACUAAUCAUGUAAUCAGGAACACCAUACACUACUAAUAGCUGAUGCUUGGACUUUGUAUAAAUUCAGAGCUUUGUAUGAAUUCAAAGCUUUUGUAUAA